ACGCACACCGGCGAGAAGCCCUUCAGCUGCCUGCUGUGCCCCAAACGCUUCGCCUCCAGGAACGGGCUGGUGGACCACCACAAGACGCACGCCGAGCAGAAGCUGUUCUCCUGCUCGCUCUGCCAGAAGGCCUUCUCCUCCGCCUCCUCCUUCAGGGACCACGUCAGGCUGCACACCGGUCAGAAGCUCCACCCCUGCUCGCUGUGCAGCCGCAGCUUCAACCGGCCCAGCAAGCUGAGGGGGCACCUGCAGCGGCACGCCGACGAGGCCGCAGGCGCGGGUGAAGCUCCUCCCCACUGCUUCCUGUGUCAGAUGGACUUCUCCUCCAUCGAGCAGCUGCAGGAGCACCGGCGGCUGCAGCACCCCGCGCCGCGCUUCUCCUGCGGCGUCUGCGGCCGGACCUUCACCAGAACCACCCGGCUGAAGGUCCACAUGCGUUCCCACUCAGCUGACGGCCCGCAGCAGAACCCGCCGCGCAGGAAGGGCCUGAAGACCAGCAGACCGAAGCAGAACCCGGGCCAGAGUGGCAGCGGCGCCGCCGAGACGCCACAGGAAUCCAGUCACGCAGUGGAGAAGAGGAGCGAGGAGGAACAGGAGGCAUCAGGUGGGAGUGACUCGCUCUGCGCCCAGAGUCCGUCUGCGCUCCGCGACCACCUGCAGGCGCAGCAUCUCCUGCAGGAGCAGCACCUCCUCCAGUGCUCGGUGUGCUCCAGGAGCUUCUCCAGACCCGGCAGCCUGCGAGCGCACGAGAGGAGCCACCAGGCCGACAAGCUUCACGCCUGCAGCAUCUGCUCCAGGAGCUUCCUGAAGCCCUGCCAGCUCCGCAAGCACAUGAGGAGCCACGUGAGGGAGGGGCUAAUGCCGGAGCCUGCAGAUAAGGGAUUCUGGCUGCACAUGAAGAGGGUGGAGGGGCGGGAGAGGAGGGCGCUUAGGACGGAGGAGCAGCUGGAGGAGCAGCUGGAGGAGCAGCUGGAGGAGCAGCUGGAGGAGCAGCUGGAGGAGCAGGACCCUCCAGAGGACUCCGCCUCCAGGGCCCCCGUGUCUAAAGCAGCCCCUCCCGGUAACCAUGGUGACCCCAUCAACGGCCUGAUCAACUCGGAUGGGGAGGAGGAGCAGUGGACCUUCAGAAAUCUCCUGUCGUCCCUCACAGACCCGGAGCGCCGCUCCGACCCGCCGGCGGGUGGCGGCGGGUCGUUGAGGAGGAGCCAGCACCUGUGCCCGGUGUGUGGGCGGGACUGCUACAAGGCGUCGGCGCUGCAGAAACACCUGAGGAUCCACUCGGGGGAGCGCCCGUACCAGUGCCCCACCUGCAGCAAGAGCUUCGUCCAGCAGGUGCACAUGAAGGAGCACCAGAGGACCCACACGGGCGAGAAGCCCUUCACCUGCUCCCAGUGCGCCAAGAGCUUCACCUUCUCCAGCGCCCUGCGCCGCCACCAGCGCCUGCACGACGACGCGCGCCCCUUCUGCUGCCACGUCUGCAAGAAGAGCUUCAAGCAGCGCUCGGUGCUGAAGAGCCACCUGCUGACCCACUCCGGGGUUCGGUACCAGUGCCCGCUGUGCAGCAAGAGCUUCAGCCGCGCCCUGGAGCUCACCUACCACGUGGACGUGCACUCCCAGGCUCCGCCCUACUUCUGCAGCAUCUGCAACCUGGACCUGAGCGGCGCCCGCGUCUUCCGCAACCACAUGAGGAAGCACGAGUCUGCAGGAAGCCCCGCCGGACCCGAGGAGGUCAUGUGACCCUCACAGCCCGGUUUACCUCCUGUCAGAACUUCUGGAGACAAAGAAACUGCUUCUGUGGUUUUUAGAUCUUUACCUUUAAUUUAUUAUCAUCGAUUAUCAGCUGGAGAACAUCUGAGGGUUCUGGAUCUCUGUGAGGAGCAGAGAGUGAGGAGCAGAGGAGUGAGGAGCAGAGAGUGAGGAGCAGAGGAGUGAGGAGCAGAGAAUGAGGAGCAGGGGAGUGAGGAGCAGAGAAUGAGGAGCAGAGAAUGAGGAGCAGAGGAGUGAGGAGCAGAGAGUGAGGAGUGAGGAGCAGAGAGUGAGGAGCAGAGGAGUGAGGAGCAGAGAAUGAGGAGCAGAGAAUGAGGAGCAGAGGAGUGAGGA